UUCGUACUUAUUUCCCGGUCCGUGGCUAUUUUUCGAACCAAGUGUUUACACGUCAGCAAAUAUGGAUCCAAAAUCAAUGACUUACCCAGCUCUGGCGUGCGUUUUAAAGAACUUGAGCGCAAAUACAAGAUUCGAUCUCAUUUCAAUAUGCCCAUCCCUCGAGAAAGUUGAGAAGGCUCAAACUAUGAUUAUAAAGGACUUGGAUUUGAACCUUAACACAAUUACUGUCGAUGGUGUCGAAUAUCAACUUGGUGCAGAGAACAAUCUCAACGGAACUCCGAAAGUUCUCGCGACCCGCCAGCUUGAAGGAAGGCGCCCGCCGAUGAAUGUUGACUGGCUGACAAUUCCAAACGAUAAUCGUAUUAUUGAUCUUCCUCCUUCGUUCGAACAGUUCAAGAUUAGAAUGCUCUCCGACUGGUCGCCGAAUAAUCCGCUUCUCGAUCGAUUCAUUCAUCCGAGCAGCCUCCCACUUGCAGUAGUUACCAUCUCGGGAGAUGUCUUCACACUGGAUUUGAUCGAUCACAUCAAUCAGCAAGAAAUUUUAAAGACCAGUGUGUGUUGAACAUUCCAUUUGUUCCACAAGAGUUGUUCCAAUCCAUCGCCUCUCUUCCCAAUGGUAUAAUCUUUGCGGAGAUCGACACUGUCGGAGUUUACGACUGCCUCCGCUUGAUUGACAGCAUGUGCCAAAAAGAUAAAGGCAAAGAGUGUUGCUUCUACACUGAGGACAACGAUUUGGUGGCUGGAUUGUUCGGAGCCUUCAAUCUUCUUGCAAAUGGAAAAGAGCCAGCUGUUGAUGGUUAUGAAUACGCAAGCGAAGAUGAUGAAGUUGAAGUGGAGUACAAAAGAUGUGACGAGUUUCCAUAUAAAAUGUCUUUCUGGCUCAAUGACACUACCACCAUUUCCGCUGAAGCUGAGAGAAAUGAUGAUACUCGUUUUUCCGUUUCGAUUUCGGUUGCCAGAGAACCUAUUCUAUACACACUAUUCGAAAACUAUUUUAUGAUGUCAAAAUAAAUAUUGAUGUUU